AUGGGUUCCGUUUGUUGCUGCUUGCGUGAUGAAUGUGAAGAUUAUGUUAAUCCCAAUAGUUCGAUUUACAGAAACUGCAUCUGUCUUAGAUGCUUUCUUCAAAAUUUCUUAUAUAUGUACGCAUCAUUAUUCCAAAGAGGGGAAGAACAUGUGAGGCUUCCAAGCCCUAAUUCCAUUCAAGGGACAACAACAUCUUUUAGUUCAUCAGCAUCACUUGACAAUUCUUUAUCUGGGGUGUACAGAUCACCUCCUAGACCUUUACCUUAUGAUGUUGAUCCUAGGUAUAUUCGUCUUCAGAGAGAUGGACUUGUUUCUAGAAGAGAGAAAGGCUCAAGUCGUUCACAGGAAGAAGGUGAACCAUUAAGAGGAAGUGAUAGUGAUACAGAAACAGAUCCUUUAUGUGCUGCUGGAAACAAAUGGAAUAAUAACAGCUCCACUUGUGAAGAUGGAACAAAAGGGUUACAGACAAAAUCUUCCUUAAAGGUUUCAAACGCAAAAGACUCAACUGGAUAUGCACAUAUAUUUUCUUCAUCCGAAGAUGAAGACGUUUGUCCAACAUGUCUUGAAGAAUAUACUACAGAAAACCCUAAGAUAGUUACAAAGUGUUCGCACCAUUUUCACCUUGGUUGCAUAUACGAGUGGAUGGAAAGAAGUGACAGCUGCCCUGUUUGUGGCAAGGUGAUGGCAUUUGAUGAGGAGACUGUUUAGGCUUUUUAACAUGAAGUGUUGCUGCUAUAAAUAUAAUCGCGGCCACAAAAGAAAUGAAGAUGAUAAAGAAACCAAGAAAACAGCUUGUAAAUUCUUUGUGAAUACCCACCCGCAUGUUACCAGUGUU